UUUACCUUUUUCUUUGCAUUUUGGACUUGUUUUGUUUUUGUGCCACGCAAUGAUGGCCACCUACCAGAACCCGGAGGACGACGCGAUGACCUUAAUGAUCCACGACACCACCACCACCACCACCACCACCACCACCAAGGAGAAGGAGCGACCCAAAGAGGAGCCGGUGCAGGAGAAGGUCCCGGAGAAAGCAGACCCGUCCCAGAAGCCUCCCUACUCCUACGUCGCUCUCAUCGCCAUGGCCAUCCGGGAGAGCACCGAGAAGCGUCUGACUCUGUCCGGUAUCUACCAGUACAUCAUCACCAAGUUCCCCUUCUACGAGAAGAACAAGAAGGGCUGGCAGAACAGCAUCAGACACAACCUGAGUCUCAAUGAAUGCUUCAUCAAAGUGCCCCGGGAGGGCGGUGGGGAGAGGAAGGGGAACUACUGGACCCUGGACCCGGCCUGCGAGGACAUGUUUGAGAAGGGGAACUACCGGAGACGCCGCAGGAUGAAGCGGCCCUUCAGACCUCCACCGACGCACUUCCAGCCGGGGAAGUCGUUGUUCGGAGGGGACGGGUACGGCUACCUGUCUCCUCCGAAGUACCUGCAGUCCAGCUUCAUGAACAACUCCUGGUCGCCGACUCCCAUGUCCUACACGUCCUGCCAGAUGUCCAGCGGCAACGUGAGUCCGGUGAACGUGAAGGGUCCCUCCGGGUACAACCCUUACUCCCGGGUCCAGAGCAUGUCUCUCCCCGGCAUGGUGAACUCUUACAACGGCAUGAGCCACCACCACCACCCGGCGCACCCCCACCAUGCCCAGCAGCUGAGCCCGGCCACGGCUGCUCCUCCUCCGGUGUCCUCCGGUAACGGGGCCGGCCUCCAGUUCGCUUGCUCCCGUCAGCCUGCGGAGCUGUCCAUGAUGCACUGCUCCUACUGGGAACACGAGAGCAAACACUCGGCGUUACACACGAGGAUUGAUAUUUAA